AUGGCAUCUUUAAAUGCUUCUUCUUCUUCCACCACUUCUUCUUCUUGUGAGAGAAGAAUCAUGGCUGUACUCCAAACCCCAAAACUUGAAAGUGUUCGACUGAAGAACUCUACCAGAAACAUGGUGAAGGAAUUAACAAGUAUGGAAGGCCAAUGCACAACCCUUACCAAAAGCAAGUCUACCACCACCACCAUGAGAGACGAAGAGGAGUACCCAACAAUGUCUAUACCCACCUCCAUCUCUGACCUAUACAUAAUCGCUGAUGCCGUGGCCGACAGAGUAGAGAUGCACACCAACAUCAGAGACCAGAGGGACAACUGGAACACCCUCCUCCUCACUUCCAUCAACACCCUCACCCUCACCGGCGCAGCCAUGGCAGCUAUCUCUGCUGCAACAACAACAACAACAACUACAACCAUUCUCCCUUUGCCGCCUCUCAACCUAUCUUCUUCUCUCUUGUUCUCUGCCGCCGCAGGGAUGAUGCUGGUGAUGAACAAGAUCCAACCUUCCCAACUCGCCGAAGAGCAACGUAACGCUGCAAGGCUGUUCAAGCAACUCCAUAGAGAGAUCCAAACAACACUUGCAAUUGGGACGACUCCUACAGCAAGGGAUGUGAUGGAUUCCAUGAAGAAGGUCUUGGCCCUCGACAGAGCCUACCCUCUUCCCUUAAUUGGAACCAUGCUCGACAAGUUCCCUGAAACGGUAGAGCCUGCUGUGUGGUGGCCUUCACCUAAUUCACCUAAUUCUCCACAAGAGAAUGGGAAUGAUAAGGUAGAGAGGAAUGGAUGGAGUGAGAAACUGGAGGAGGAGAUGAAACAGAUAGUUGAGGUUUUGAAGAGAAAAGAUUGUGCGGAAUACAUGAGAUUGGGGAAAUUGGUGUUGAAAAUAAACAACAUUUUAGCUGUUUCAGGGCCUCUACUAGCAGGCAUGGCUGCAAUUGGCUCUGCCUGUGUGGGGUCAGAUCCUUCUGAUGGGGGUGUUCUGGCCUUGGCGGUGAGUGUUGUUGCAGGAGCACUAGCGAGUAUAGUUAAUACGUUGGAGCAUGGAGGGCAAGUUGGAAUGGUUUUCGAGAUGUACAGGAAUUCUGCUGGUUUCUUUAAACUACUUGAGGAAUCCAUUGAAGCUACCUUAGAUCAAAAAGAUGUGGAGAGGAGAGAAAAUGGAGAGUCAUUUGAAUUGAAGGUGGCUCUGAACUUGGGGAGAAGCUUAUCGGAGCUCAGGGAUCUUGCAUCUCAUGCCUUUUUCUAUGAUAAGGCCAGUGACGAGUUUGCAAGCAAACUCUUCUGA